GUUUAUGUUAGAACCUUUGUUUUAUUAUGUGACAGAAUCGUAAUUCUUCGUUUUUUUAUAGCUAUAAUGCGAUAUAUCGCGCAUGUAGCACGCAUUGUCGAAUAACUGGUUUUGACCGAACUGCAAAUAAUUUGAGAUAAAGAUGUUACACAAUUAAUAUCGACGGUAGAUUUUAAAAUAAACAUACCUGGAUGUCAUGAUAUAUAAUAUAUUGAUUCAUUGUUAUAAAGAGACUGAAAGUGAAGCAAGUAUUGUAAAGCUGACAGGAAAUAUGACAUUGUGUUAUUGCUGUAAAACCGCAUGCCUUCGACAAAUAUGGCUUUUCAAUAUUCCUGUACAUUGUUAAUAAUGACUAUAGGACAACUAUGGAUGAAGAUGACUGUUAUUCAAGUAGCAGUCAUAACUCCAGUACCAGAAGGGAUCCCAGGCCUCAAGCUCAAGGGUCAUGUUACAAUUCCGUCGACAUGGGUGACAUGAGUUUUAUGAUGCUGGACUAUCUCAAAGAAGCCAUGAAAUCAAUGGACAUGAUGCGUGGUCACCAAAUGCUCACCGAUGUCGUACUGGAAGUGGGAAAUGAACUGUUCCACGCGCACAGGGUCGUCCUAGCAGCUGCGAGUCCCUAUUUCAAAGCUAUGUUUACGGGAGGACUCAAAGAAACUGACAUGAACAGAGUCAAAUUGCAAGGUGUCUCACCCACGGCCAUGGCAAGGCUGAUUCGAUUCAUGUACACCGGAAAAAUACGUGUGACUGAGAAUACUGUGUGCCAACUUCUACCUGCUGCCACUAUGUUACAAGUACAAAAUGUGAUUCAAGCGUGUUGCGACUUCUUGGAAAGACAGCUGGACCCAUCAAACGCGAUUGGGAUAGCCAGUUUCGCAGAGCAACACGGAUGCCUAGAACUGUGUAAGAAAGCCAAUCAAUAUAUUGAACGUCAUUUUUGCCAGAUUUGUCAGGAAGAGGAGUUUCUCCAACUCAACACUAUCCAGCUCAUCAAUCUCAUAAAAAAGGAUGAGUUGAAUGUACAAGAUGAAAAGGAGGUUUACAAUGCAGUGCUGAAAUGGGUGCGUUACGAUGAGGAUAAUAGGCACACGAAGAUGGAAUGCAUUUUGAGUGCAGUUAGAUGUCAAUUUCUGCCACCUAAGUUUCUCAAUGACCAGAUGACCAAUUGUGAAGUGAUUAAAAAGACACCUGCUUGCAAAGAGUAUUUAGCUAGGAUAUUUAAGGAUCUCACAUUGCACAUACGAACAGUAGUAAAAGAGAGGUGUCCAAACAUUCCAAGAGUGAUAUACAUCGCAGGAGGUUAUUAUAGACAAUCUUUAGAUAUAUUAGAAGGUUAUAAUGUAGAUGAAAAAGUAUGGACUAAGUUAGAUAGACUGACUGUGCCUAGAUCUGGUUUAGGGGGCGCAUUUUUGAAGGGAACGUUUUAUGCAGUGGGAGGCAGAAACAAUAGUCCAGGUAAUAGUUACGACUCUGAUUGGGUGGACAAGUAUAAUCCAAUAAAGGACCAUUGGCGACCUUGUAGUCCCAUGUCUGUACCUAGAAACAGAGUAGGUGUUGCUGUUAUGGACGGAUUGUUGUAUGCAGUAGGAGGAAGUGAAGGAUCGAAAUACCAUAGCAGUGUUGAAUGUUAUGAUCCAGAAGCGGACAAGUGGACGAUGAUCAAGCCGAUGCAUUUUAGAAGACUAGCAGUUGGUGUGGGUGUGGUGAACAGACUGCUGUAUGCAAUUGGAGGGUACGAUGGUAUAGAAAGGCACAGUAGCGUUGAGUGCUACCAUCCGGAGAAUAACGAAUGGACGAUGGUAUCUCCUAUGCAUGCACCAAGGAGUGGAGCAGGUGUAGCAGCAGUCAAUCAGUACAUCUACGUAGUCGGGGGUUAUGACGGAAAGAAUCAAUUGAAUUCUGUAGAAAGAUAUGAUACGGAAAGGGAUUUAUGGGAAUACGUCGCCCCUAUGCGCGUGUCUCGAAGCGCAUUAAGCGUCACAGUAUUAGACUGUAAAAUAUAUGCUAUGGGUGGUUACGACGGAUCAAAUUUUUUAACCGAUGUAGAAAUCUACGAUCCUGUCGCUGACAAAUGGGAGGAUGGUGUUCCGCUGACUUCAGGCAGAUCGGGCCAUGCCAGCGCAGUCUGCUAUCAACCGCCCUGUGAUAAAAUGUGUGCCGUCUCCCCUUCAGUUUCCACGGACUGUACCACAUCCAAACUUCACUGUACUUAACAGAGAUGAAGAAACAAUCAUUUGUCGAGUUUGACAACGAGACCAAAACGAACUUUGGGCGAUUCAUUUUUACUUGCUCCAUUUGACCGACAGUUAAUGGUGCAUUCAUUCAAGUUAAACUUACGUUCAUCGUAACUUGAAAAUGGAGAACCAAUAAUAAAGUAUAUUCCGGAUGUCGUGUACCUCACCGUGAAGCUAAUUUCUUCGGUUUGUGUCUCUGUCCGUCCGUUUAUCCUUGUUCCUCUAUAUCUAAUUGCUCGAAUUUUGAUGAAAUUCUGACAAGGUUACUACCAAAGGUCGAUGAUUUUGUAGGUUUUGAAAAUUAAUUCACUGGCACCGGGGCCACGGACAAAAAAACAAAAUAAAAUUCGCUCAGCCUUCGUGUUUUUGACCUUCCAGGGCCUCGUUUAUUGAAAUUUAUAUAGAGAUAAGGAAUUUGGGGUGGGACACUACAGUGGUGGGGAAUGGUAUGUCUCAUUUUUUUACUUUAGUGUAAAGGAUGUUCCGUACUUAAAUGGACAUACUGAAAUGGUGGGUAGUGUAGACCGAGCAUUUUUUAUAUCUGAAAACAAAAGAGUUCCAAAUUCAUUUUUCUCGAUAUAUAGGGAGAUUUAUCCUAACACGCCAAAUCUUUAAUACCUCAUACCUUUGGGGCUAUUGCACCGAUGAAGUUGAAAUUUUACGCGAAAGCAAAGUGACCUAGGAGUAACGUAAAACUAGGCGCACGGCUAAAACGCGAAGGGCCGGGCUCGAUUUUUUCACUUUUUAUUUUUCAUCUAAACCAACACCUUUUCUAAUUAAUUAGCAAACCAAAUCAACUCCAUUUAUCCAAAUAUCUUGUUUUAAGCAGCUAGUGUGACAUACAAAUAUUUCAAAUGUUAUCAACUUGUUUUUAUCAAAAUUUUACAAAACAAUGCUUAAAAUUGAACUUCCAGGGUCAGGUUCAUUUUUUUUUUCAUUUUCUUAUAUUUUAUUAAGUGUAACGCCCUGUAAGUUAUACCCUGAAUUUAUCAUUGGUUAUCAGUAAAACUAGCAGCAUAUGACAAAUAAAAGGAAAGGUUAGUUAUUUAGUAUUUUCAUCAUUUUUGUAAUCAUUUAAUUCCAAAAACUGGUGUUAUAUAACAACAUGAGUUCUGCUUUAAAGGGAUAUGGCAUUUAGUAUGCAAAUGCACAAAAUUUGGCACAAUUGUGCCUAAAAUAUAUGCGGUACUUAAGACUUGGCGUGUCUAGAUAAAUGACCCUGUAUAUCCGUAAAAACUGAAUUUAUAACAUUAUUUUCAGAUAUGAAAAGGUCUUAGUCCAUUUGGUUGUAAAACUUGAAAUAUUUUCAUUACCCGCGUAGAAUGAAACCUUGAGUUUGUCAGGGCGGGGUUUGGGCACAGGAGCAAUUUCUAUAUCACAACAUUGUCAAGUAGGUGUGGAUCGGAAAGUAAUCGUGUGGGCCUAUUUGACUGAUUUGAUCUAUAUAAUUCCUCUGUUAUACAUGUUUAUAGUUAACUUUGCUCUAAGAGGAACUAACUUGUGCCAAACAUGAUAUUUUAUGAACUGUUGCACAGUUGCGUGGUAAGGGCGGAAUCAACCUACUUAAUGCCAUUUUUUGCUUAUUAUUUUAUGUUUUUGACAACACUAAUGAAAUACUAUUUGAAAAUGAUCUGUGUCUUAUCAGUUUCUAUUCCACAUGCAUCUAAGAGAUUCCCUAAGACCAUGUAUUCUGGGACCUUGUAUUUAUAGACAUUCUUCCAUAUUCAAUUUCUAAAAUUGAGCUAAAUGAAAAUGUGAUAAAUUUUUUUAGUACUCUUCGUAGGCAUUUGCAAUUUCCAUUUCCACAAUGUGUUAAUCUAACUGGUGUUGCUUUCAUCUGGAUUACAAAGGAAGAUCUGAACAACACAUAUUAGUUUUGUUACAAGUAACUCCAUUGCUUAGUAUUCAUAUGUGUUGCAGUAUGUUUUCUUGUUCUUGAAUAGUUGCUACAUAGUAGGGCAUACUUCUCAUCUACUGUUAUCCAAGCAAAACCACAGGUGUUUAGUAAAUUACUCGUGUAACAUAAUUUAGUAAUUUAUUCAACACGUGGUUCAUUUAUUGGAGUAUAUGGAGAUAGAUCAGAGAUAACCGCAGGAUAAGUUACAUUUCAUUAGAUAAUAGGGUCAUUAUAUCGUUGUUCUAAACUGCCACCAUAAUGUACUGCACAAGGUCCAUUAUUUUCAUAUUUAAUAGUGCAGCAAGUGACUUGAGAUAUAUUUUCCAAGUAGUAUGGAGUAUGCUUGAUUUUGUCAUCUUUAAAGAAAAACAAACCUUAAGCCUUGGACUGAGAAUGUUGAAAUUACAUUUUUCAAUGUUAAUUCAUUGAAUGUGAUUUCUAAACUAUUAAUUAAUGGUUAUAGUUCGCGUCUAAUUAGCUCCAAAAAUGUACAGAUUGAUAUUUUGGAUUACUAGUAGAGUAUUAUGUGAAAGUUGAUAUUUAUGUUUUGCUGUAUUUUAUGAAAAUUGUAAAUGUGUAAAUAUUUUGAUUGAUUUUUAUCUCGCAUACAUAUCAAAUUUUAGUGAUGAUAAUUUUAUAUAAAUGUUGAGUAAAUAUUUUUUUAUAGUGGCUGCUUUAUUUGAUAAAAACCUCACCAAGUCGGAACUUAUUGUUUCAACAUUAAUACAAUGAUCAUUAAUUUACAUUUAUUUUCUCUAUAUACAUAAUAAUAUACAUUUAUAUAAAAUAUAAUAAUCAACAAACAAGCAGUCUCUCACAGGGAAUAUAAAAAUUAAAAUGGCCUUGGUUCGAGAACCUUCAAUGCUCGCCCGCGGGUUAUUAACCCUUUAUUUGACAAUGUUGCUUAUGGGCAACAUCAUUUUAUAUUAGAUGGUCUCCGUUGUACAGAUAUGCGACUAAACGGCCAAUGAUGCUUACAGGCAACGUUCGUUCGCAUCAAAGCAGCGAUGUUUGCCGAGAAACUCAGAUCAGUUACCAUGCUACACGCGGUUGUUAUGAC